UCAGCUGUGUCCAAUCACAGCUGAUCACUGAUCAUCAGGGCACUGAUGAUCAGUGUGCCCUGAUGAUCAGUGUAGCCCCAGCAGUGCCACCUGUCAGUGUCCAUCAGUGCCUUGUGUCAGUGCUCAUCCAUGCCACGUGCCAGUGCCCAUCAAUGCCACAUAUCAGUGCCUACCAGUGCGCAUUAAUGCCAUAUAUCAGUGCCCAUCUGAGCUGCCUUUCAGUGUCACUCGUCAGUGCCUCCUAUCAGUGCGUGUCAGUGCCAUUUAUCAGUGCCAUAUAUCAGUGCUGC